GCAGAAACAAAAGGUUACACCGAAUAAAAUUUGGCGUUGGACAGUUAUCAGAUUGCCUCAUCUCAUUUGCACUCAGAAGGAUGAAUGCAGUUCCCGGACGAAAGGCACAAAUGGCAGCUGGAUCGGCGCCUGACCUCACCUACUGCCAGCCAUGCGCGGAGGACGGCAAAAAAUCCUCCCCGAUGCCUUCUGUCCCAUCUGCAAGGAGUUCCUGUGUUCUACUUGUGCCCGAGUACACCGGAACCAGAAAAUAACCAAAAGUCAUGCCCUCCAGGACAAAAACAGUAUGCCUUCCUCUUUCCGCGGAGAGAGUGAAAAUAAAAAGUUUACAGAAACAUGUCAGCGUCAUGCUCAAGAGUUCAUAAAAUAUUACUGUCUUAAUCAUGAGGCACUUCUGUGUACAGACUGCUUGGCUGAAAAAGCUCAUCGCUCAUGUAAUAUUGAAAGGAUUUCUCAGGUUGCAAAACGAUACAAAGAGAGUGCAGAAUACAACAGCCUGAAAACAGGACUUGUCCAGACGGGCACUGACAUUGGCAAACUGUCACACGACAUACAGGCGAUCAUGAAAUCAGUUGACGAAGAAAGCCUUACCAAUAUCAAUAAGCUUCGCAAAUUUAGGACUGAAAUUAACCAGUACCUGAAUAAAAGGGAAAACGAACUCUUGACAGAAAUUGUUCAGAAGAAACGAACAUCCACGACACUGCUAAAUGAACUGAAAUCAAAAUGCACAAACAUGAAUUCAUCCAUUGAGAAACUAAAGUCGGAGCUACAAGCACAGGACGACAAUAGCAACAAGCUAUUAAUAGUAGGAAAUCGAUCUAUAAAAGAGCUGGCUGGUCUCCAAGCAGCCCUGGAAGAGGUGAGCAAGAAAAUUGAAGUUCCCCGAUACACGCUUUACAGGGACCCCGCAACUGAACAGUUAAUAGCUUCUGAUAAAGCAAUAGGAAGGUUGGAAGAGGGCGAAUCAACUUCGGCGUUAGGGCCGCAUCAACGACAACUGCAAAGGAAGCAGGACCAACGGCAACAGGGGACAAUACAACAACAUCAAAAACACAUUAAAGCCUUAUCACAAAAAGGCGGAUCAACUUCGGCGGUAGGGCAGCAAGAACGACAACAACAGAAUGAGCAGGAACCACCGCAACUCGAGACUAUGCAGCAACAACACAAAUACAUGCAAGGUGUACCACAGAGAGUCCACUUCAGCAGCAGAGCAGACCUAAGCAAGGCCAAGUUCAGCAGACAGCCUGACAUUUCAUUGAAGAUGUCAGGUGAUAGAAGGGACUGCUGCCUAUCCAGUGUAACCCUCCUGACCGGGGACAGGCUCAUACUGAUAGAUAACGCUAAUUACUCAUUGAAGCUGGUUGACACCAAGAAUAACAAGCUGGUGUCCAAGGUGAAGCUGCCAGGUGAGCCAUUGGACCUGUGUCUCCUGCCCGGGGAUAUGGCAGCCGUCACUCUACCUUUGAUGAAGAAGAUACAGUUCGUAUCUACUCAGGGAAAUUUCACACUACAGGAAGAUAUUCAAGUAGACGGAGCAUGUCGUGGAAUUGAUUUCUUUGAUGACAACUUAAUAGUGUCCUUUACCGACCAAGGUAAGGUUGUGUUGAUGGACAUGAAGGGAAAGGUGAAGAAGAGUUUGGACAACGACAGCGUUGGAAAACCUUUGUUUUUGGUACCUGAGUAUCUCACUGUGACCAGGGAGAGCCAGACUACUCCGGUCAUAUAUGUCACAGACAGGGCCACCCACACCAUAACCAAGCUAAGCAUCUCACUGGAGGUGCUCCAGUCGUACCAAGAUCCGUUACUGAUUUACCCACAUGGUCAUGCAGCCUGGGGGGGGGGGGGAAACCAGCUGCUCGUGUGUGGGAGGGGCAGUAAAAACAUUAUGUUACUGGACACGCUCACCGGCAAGAUAACCCAACUGCUAGGGAAGGAAGAGUUUAUAAGGGGUCCAGACAAUGUGGCUUACUGUCCACUGAGGAAGAUGAUGUUUGUCACCUGCGGUUUCAACUCAAUACCUGAACUGCAAAAUUUCGUGAAAGUCUUUAAAGUUGCGUAA